AAGACUAACGUUUCAGUCGCGUGACUGCGGACAGUUUAUCCGACGUCACGGUGAUCUUUGACAUCGAUGUGAUGCGUUGACGCGCCGGAAGCGAUUGAAAUUUCAUUAAAUAGCGGCACUGCGUUUGUCUUUGGCUGUUCAGUGAAAUGUAGCGUUUUGAUGCGUGAUGACGUUUGUUCCUUUAUUUGGCCGCAGACGCACCAAACACAUGGACGUUGUGUGAUGUGGUCUGUUCAGGCUGAUGAGUUUAGUUUGUGACUUCCUCAUCUAACCUGUGUAAUGAUCUACAGAUGUCGGAGGACCAGCGCUGUCCUGCUUCUCCGUUUACGAGACGGGAAGAUUUUGCUGAUGGCUGACUUCCCAGCGAGCCGUCAGAUCACAUCAGAGCUUAUCCGGUUUCACUGCUGUUGGUUUUCCGCAGCCUGAAUGUUGUUUAAACACAUCUGAUCAGAGCUCCUUAGCGUUUGAAGUAUGCUGCUCGCUGCGUGUUUUCACUCGGUUUUCUCAUCACCUCCUCAGCGGAAAGCUUUCUUCAGCCAGCACCUACGAUGGUCCAGCUGUCUCGCUCAAGCCCUCGUCCUGUCUGUCAUCACGUUUUGCGUCGUCCUGCCCUUGUGCUGCCAUCACCUGCUGUAUUCCUACUACUUUGCGAAGUUCAUGUACCUGGAGUCUAUGAGCGAGGUCGCCCUUCAGGAGAGCCUCCAGCAGGGUCAGGACGCUCUGCGCUUUUGGCAGAAUGGCUCGGUCUUAGCCUCCUCCACUUUCGGUGAUGUUGCUCUCCAUCCAGAGCUGCUGGUUACCGUGGUGACAGCCAGGCGGAAAGAUGGGCAGGAUUUCCACUACCUGCUCCAGGUAAUGAAGCAGCUGAGCAACAUUGUGAGGAGCUGCGGGGAGCGGCGAUGUGCCGAGGUGCUGCUCUGUGAUGUUGAAAGCGGACCUCAAGAGAACCAGGAUGCCAAGCUGCUGGAGCCCCACUUUAAGGUGAUCCGGCAUUCGGGCCAGGAGCAGCAGGGAGACCGGAGACAGAUCAACACCUUUGAGAAGGAGAAGCGGGAUUACACCUUCUGUCUCCGCAAAGGAUGGGAGCUCUUUAAGCCCAAAAACGUGGUUGUUUUAGAGGAUGAUGCUCUACCGAGACAGGACUUUUUCACCGUCAUCACGAACCUGCUGUCCCGGCGCUUCGCCCGUCACACUCUUUACGUCAAACUGUAUCACCCCGAAAGGCUGCAGCGCUACCUGAAUCCUGAGCCGUACCGCAUCCUGGAGUGGGUGGGGCUCGGACUGGUCACAGCAACAGCCCUCCUCCUGAUUUUCUCCUACUGGAACCCAUGCUCUUUUUCCUUCUCCCUGUCAGUCAGCCACCUCCUCUUCUUCACUCUCUACUUCAUGGCUGCAGCAGAGCUGACGGGAAGGCACUACCUUCUGGAAGCACGGAGAAUUUCCCCUCAGCUGUACGCCGUCUCCCCGGCCACCGAGUGCUGCACCCCAGCCAUGCUGUUCCCUGGGAACGCCUCUCUGAGGGUGGCGAAAUAUCUGGAUGGCACGUUCUGCUACAAAGGCAAUGCCAAAGACAUCGCCCUGUACCACAUGUCCAGGAAGAUUCCUGCAGAAAGGUCUCACAGCGUGGAGCCCAAUCUCGUCUCUCACAUCGGAGCCUUUUCUUCAGUCAGACCCAACCCAUCCAGACCCAGACUCCUCUGAUGCGGAGGAGAAAACCCCGUCAGCCGGUCCCUCGUCUGGUUCUGAUGUUCCUCAGCAGAAGUUAGUAGUUUUGAUGCAAGCGGAGGUCUUUUACCUUCAUACACCUGAGAUUUUAGAUUUUAUGGCUUUGAGAGGACCCGAAGAAUAUGGGAUGAGUUUUUCUGAGCUGUGUCCGUGAAAGGCCGAAGCCGCACCACUAGAUGUUGGCUGUAAAAUGGAAAUAUAAAGAUCUUUUUAUCUUUGCUUAACCUUCUGUUGAGUGAAGGUUUACUUUAAGCCAAAAAAACCCAACGAGGCCUUUUAGUGUAGGACCAGAACAAACUUGGAUCUUCAUGCUGGAAGUCGGUGGUAAACAGUUCAUUUUAUUUGUUUAUGGUUGUGUCGAUAAACCGGAACCACAAGACUGAUUCUCCCCACAACACAUGCAGACUUAAAGUAGUUUAUUUUUAUUUGAAUUUGGACGUUUUGGAGCAUCAGGGAGAGGAAAACAACAGCUGGACGGGUUUGCUUUCUUAAAACUUAAUAGGUCACAUGAUGGAUGUCUGGAAAUCGUGGCUGAGCGUCAGAAAAUGUACAUUUAAUGGGUUUGAUACUAGAGGUCAGCUUAAUAUUCAUAAGAAAAUUAUACAAGAUAAAAAAUUAUGAACUCUUGA